CCAACGGCUGUCGAGGAGGCGUCAUAGAGAGUCGUGAUUGGCUGACAGCUGUUGACGAGGCGGGAUCAUUUCAGCUGAGACUGUCAAGAUUGGCAAAGAGCUGGCGCUGCUGCGUGCAGGUAAAAGGAACAAGCGACACAAAACAGAAAACAUUUAUCCUGGUAGAAAGCGAGGAGUGCGAUGGAAACGGACUGUCCGGUGAAGCCUUUUCGUGCGGCGAAAUCCCAAAAGCGAGGUAUUUAAGACGGUGAAAAAGCGCAACACCUUCGGCGUCUUGCAAGAAAGUGCCGUUGUGUCAACCAUCGUUUGGCUCCCGGGCACGCUUUGUACAGAGCAACUUGGACAGCUGCGUGUUUUCAAGCAAGCCAUCAACAAAGAAUGAAAGCAUUCAAACGAGCUCUGGAAGAAGAGCAUCGGCCGGAGCAGGAGCACUCCUCGGCUGUGUCGGACAGUGAUGACGGCUCUCCACUUGACCUGUCAGGAAGAGGGCUAUUUGGGAAGCGCCGUCGCCGCGGCAACCUGCCCAAGGAGGCGGUGCAGAUUCUGCGGAGCUGGCUGUACGAGCACCGCUUCAACGCCUACCCGUCAGAGCAGGAGAAACUCAGUCUGUCAGGGCAGACCAACCUCUCUGUGCUGCAGAUAUGUAACUGGUUCAUCAAUGCACGUCGCCGCCUCCUCCCCGACCUGCUUCGCAAGGAUGGGAAAGACCCCACCAAGUUCACCAUCUCCCGCAAGGUUGGUGGUAAAGGUGAAGGCCACUCAUCUAAUGGAGGUGGAACCAGCUCUCCAGAAAGAAAUUCUUCCUCCGGUUCAUCUCAACAGCGCCCAUCUGUCAUCCGCUCUGCCCCCACGUUGGACCUCAGUCUUCUUGGGAACACGGCGACAGCUAUUCUGACAGGAGCAGGCUACCCAGAUAAAGAGGGAUCGGUCCAGGCGCUGAUGAGGCUGGAUACACAAAGUUUGCUGAGGGAAGCAGAGGAGCAAGGGGCUAAUACAGCUUGUCUCACCAGCACAACAAUGGCAGCUAGUCCCACCAGUGGCCUCUUCAACACGCCUCCCCCGACUCCUCCUGAGCUGUUCCCCACCCAGGACUUCAGCGAUCUGAGGCUCCUAGUCGAUGCAGCUCUGCAGAGGGCAGCAGAGCAAGAGAACCUGAAGAGACUUCAGGAGAGCCAGAAAAAACCAGCAGAGGCUUUAAAGACUGAACGAGUGGAGGCAGAGUGCAGUGCUCACAGCAGCGACAUGGGCCCCACACCGCCUCCAGAAGACAGCCAACAAGUCAUGGAUGCCUCCAGGGUGCAGAGUCUGAUGGAGAAGGCUAUGGCAGUUCCAGUGUCAGCUGUAAGUUCAGCGAAGGCUCCAGUGCCUCAGUCCUCAGCAGCUUCUGUACUAGUUCCAGCUCCCGUCUUGGUCUCAGCCCCGAGGCUAUCUCCUCUCCCGAUGAAUAAAGUCAUCUGGAGCCCCCUGGAGAAGGACACAGUCAGAGCCUCCAGCCCGAACCAGCCUCAGCUCAUCCCAGCCCAUCUGCCAACCUUAGUGCCACUGUCGGCUUCAGUCUUUGGACAGCCGUCUUCUCAGAAACCAGCUGCUGCUUCAGCCGUCACCUCAGCUUCAUCAUCGGCUCAAGUCUCAAGCGCAGCUCCAGCUCCACUGCCCACUUUAUGUCCAAUAAAUGCAACAAUGCCAGCAACAGGUCCAGUCUCAGUGCCAUCACCAGUCCUUGUUCCAGCUACAACCUCCACCUCUGUCGCUGCUUCAAGCCAGGCUUCAUCCCCAACUGUAGCGCUUGUUCCAGCUGCUCCUUCUUCAACCAUCACCUCUAUCACAUCCCCGAUAGGAGUCCCACUUUACCUGCCAUUCCACAAAACCCCUUUAAUCCCUGUCACGGUUCCAUGUCCUUCGCCUGUUUCAACGUCAGCAUUGUCUCCAGCCCCAGCCCAAGUGUCUGCCUCUGCUCAAGCUUCGGUCCCUGUCCCGGCUUCAGCCCCAACGCCCUCGUCUACUCCAACGAUCACACCUCUCGCAGGCCUCGCCUCCCACCUCGCUCCUCCUCAGCCCUCUUCCACAAGCAGCACCAGCAGCAUUAGUACCCAGAGGAAUUCAGCAGUGGUGCCCAGUGUUUGGAGCAUGGUCCAUGCUGACACCAGGCAACCCAGUUCUCUUCAAGUGGUCAAGACCCCCAUCACCACAGUGUGGGGUCCACAGCACAGCCUGCACACAGUGAGUGAAACUGUUAACUAGGAGCUGGAACUUUUUUAAUAUAUAUAGCUGGGGAGGGGAGAGGCCAGACAUUCCUUUAGGCUGGAAGACACUGUAUAUAGGAGAAUGUAUCUUCAUCACCAGUCCUUUUUGACACUAAAGCCUGUGCCUGCAGAAUACAUGGCAAUGGAUUAGAUGUACGAACUGGGACAAAGUGAAGUAACAUGCUUUUCGAGCAACUUUUACUGUUUAAUAUGCUGUUCUUGAUGGACGCUGUUGCUUGUGAGAACACUGUGGCGCCAUUUCUCGAAGAGAGCACUCUUCAGUGCAGAGUAAAUGUAUUGUGCAAAGUUUUUGAUGCCAUUUAUCACCCCUUUCCACGUCACAAUUUAUGAAUGAGGAGGAAAAUAUCCCAUAAUUGUACAAAAUUUCAGUUGGUGUAACCAGCAGAGUUAGCCUCUUCAGUAGCAGUUCUGGACUUUGUUGAAUGUACAAAAGGCACUGACAUCAAUAGCUAGGCUGCCUGUCAUCCAUUCCCCUUAGUGUUAUCCAGACAGUGUUUUUUCUAUGUACAGCAACAACGUCAUAGUCUCCUAUAGUUGUGCAAUUCAGAUGGUAUUUUAAAAAGAUUUUGUCUGUUCUUUAUUCCACUACAUCUUCCCGUUUUUCUUCUUCUUUUUUUUUUUUUCUUGUGUGGUCGCUAAGAGCAGAGGGGAAAUUGAUUGUACCGCAGCGAGCCUGACUGACUCACCUUGAUGUGUCUGUCUCCAUCGCUCUCCCCCCGUCUCCCUAUCUUCCUGUCUUUUUAUAGCUGUGGGGAUUCACUGGCCCUCAUGAAUUGUCAUCUCAACCUCUCAGCUCAUGCGCUCAAGCACCACAUCUUUCUUUGUCUUUUCCGAUCUCAAACAAAGGAUCAGUAUUUUCUAUGUAUUUGUCUAAAGCAUUAUAUCUGUUACUUGUGUUUGACCUUGCUCAGUUGUGUACAAUUUGCAGGGAUUGUUGUUGGGGGAGCUGUGAGUAUAGGAUGAAGGGGAGAGGGUCACACUGUAUCUGUUGCAGAAAUCAAUUUCAGUGGGGAGGUUAGCUGAUGACAUCACACUUGUACAGCUCCUGAAAUGAAACGUUACACUUGCUGUGAGACACUGCACCUUCAUCCUUUCUGUGCAAAACACUUUAAAUGUUGGAUCCUUUUAUUUGGAGGAUGGAUAAACGAUAUCAAUUUCCCUUUUGAUUUGGGGCCAUAUGAUUGGGUCAAUGCAUUUCAAACCUGAAUGUCUUAGUAGUAGUGGAGCAGAAGUACUGAAGUAGCUGAUAUGAUUUGCUUCUUUUUCCAGGAAGGUACAACAGCAUAAAAAUGUCGUUUGUCACCAGUGCUUUCCACCUGUGUUUAGAAAUGGGUUCUGUAGACUUUGUUAAUCAUUCAUAAAGCUGUAGUUUCUAUGAAACAGUCUUAGCAUAAACCACAAUAUAUGGCUGGACGCCAACUGGACAUCUUUUAACGGUAGCAUUUAGUGGAAAAGUUGGGUUCCCAUGUGAAUAAUACUGUAGCAGAAUGAUCAUGUUUACCAGUGUCACUGAGCCUUUGCUUGGUUCAAACUGUUACAUUUUGCAUGUUCAAGGACCUAACUAUUAAUGUGAGGUCAAAACACUGCUGCGCACUGACCCCAACAUCCCCAGUAACUCUCCAUUUUCUUCUUCAUGGCAGAUAUGGAAGCUCUAACUCUUCUGUUUUGCGUCUUUUCACUGCCAAUUAGUUUCUGUACAUGUCAGUGGAGUUUUGGGUUGUUUUUUUUGUUACAGGUACUCACUAGACUGAUGUGCAUUUAUACCUCAAUUUCCACAGGUCACAUCAGGUUUGGGUCAUAUGAGUAAUAUGUUAUUAAUACUUAGUAAUGAUAUUAAGUAUUAAAGUAAUAUUUGUGUCAUUCAUACUACAUCAUGCCACUGUGACAACACCUAAUCAGUUGCGAUACUGGAAAUGGCUGGCUAAAGAUUAGGCAGGCAGGUUUUAUAUAGUACGGUUUAUAUUGGGUUUUAGAUGCAAAGUGAUGCUCCAAUGAGAGGCGACAAUGUAUUGAUGCAUGUAAAUAUUUUCAAGGUCAUGUUUUCUUUUUCCUUUUUUUUUUUUUUUUUUUUUUUUUUUUUUUUUUUUUGUGUAUGUAUUGGCAUGAACUUUAUCUUGAACUGUAUAGUUUCUUUACGGCCAAAUGCAUUCAAAGCUGUUUUUUCAAGUUCAUAUUGUGAAUCAUGACUGACCGUUGGCAGUAUGACUGGCUGCUGUGCCUUAAACCUACGACUGAGGGAUGAUGUCCCUUUUUUAUAUAAAAACUUCUCAAUAGUCGUGCAAUAUAUGCCUUAAACUUUAAAUGUGUGUUUUGUAUAAGCAUUUCAAAGAAUAAAAGUUCGGUUUUUCAUAAAUGCUCUUUCUCCUCAGUCUUUUGUUGCAUAUAGAAGCUAAAGAAUAAUCAAACUGCACUAUCAAUGGAUGUUAAUGGCCUUGAAAACACAUUUAAUUCUUACAAUUAAGGCUUGUUUUUCAGGGUCUUGGUGUUAUGCACACUGGCUCACUGUCAUGGCAUACUGAGAUGCUUUUAAUAAAGCAGUUAUUGUUAAUGUUUUUAGUAACACCUGUACUUUUCUCCCAUGACCAGGGAUUCUUCAGUAUUUGAAGCUGAUGACAGUCGCUGGGUCGUUCAGCCACUCAGUCAAAUCUAAUCAAAACACAACCAGUUUUCUGUUGAGUUUUGAGUGCUAAACUUGAAAUCAGCAUUGUUUUUGUUUUGCCAAACCUUAAAAUUAUUGUUAAGUUGUGAAUAUGUAAUGUUAAAGAAAAAUGGAUUUGAAACAAGGUUUUGUAGGGGUUUUAAAUUUACUAUAAAUUAUCGAUUAUUCUCAUAGUGAAAUGCAACUGAUGUUUCUUUGAAAAGAUCCAUAUAAAAGUUAGUUUUGUGCACACAUUACUGUGAAACAACGUUUUUAUUAUUCAAAUUAAUAAAAACACAUGUUUAUCUUGCAACCAGACCUAAGGUUCAGUUCAUGUCAAUGAAAUAUGAAAAUAAACUUGCUGUGAAUAUUUAAUCUAUUUAAUUAUCAUUGUGAGGAGAUUUAGCUGAAAGGAAAUAUUUUAGAAAAAUUAGUGUGUGCAUUUAAGCUCUGGUAUUCAGAUGUUAGGCAGUAAUGUGAAGUACAUGAUGAAUUAUGAAUUAAACAACCUAUGCUUUGUUUGACAGACAGGAUAUUUCAUAGGUCUGGCACAGACAUGAUACAGUGACUUAAAAUCAGCCCAAACACACAUCCGCGCUUUUAGCGGUCAACGGCAUGAAUAAACUUACUUUAUUUGCCUGAGCAAUUUCAAGACUGAUUUCCUUCAACAACACAGACAUACCUGAUCCUUCAACAAACACACACAACCAGCUGAUGGGAGGAAGACACGAGUUUAGACUAAAAGCUCUAGUAACCAUUUCAUCAAGAAGCACUCCCCACUUUUGAUUGUCAAAAAGUAAUAAACACAAACAUAAUGACCAAUUUCUUUAUCCAUUUUCCAACAUACAGGGACACAAAUGACAGAGAAGGAGACUUGUUGCAGUGCUUGUGCAGGUGUGGUAGCUAAUUGGCAGGAAGAGGUAAACAUGGCUGGUACUGUAUGUAGCACUGAAUCUGGCAGUCCAAACACACCCCGCACACACAUAUUGGUGUUAAAUGCAUCUCAACAGUCCAACCAGGUUCCCUACAGCGAUCAGAACAACUGCAGUCACAGAGGAUGAAGCUGCAGAGGACUUGUAGCCAUGAGAUGCAGAUACUGUGAUACACCUCUCUUCAUCCAUAUAAACCUUCAAUGAUGAUAAAAAAAACUGACAGAGUAGUGUAUUGCAGAAUAUUUGAAUCCCAAAUUUCUACCUUUGAUAUACACGUAGAUCUAAAUAAACACAAUUUACUUUCCAUUUAUAAAAGACAUUGCUAUACAGUAUUCCUAAAUGCAUUCCUAUUCAAUUUCUCUCAAACCUACGAACUCCACAAAGGUAGGAACUAGGGAUUGUUUUGUGGUGGAUUAUGUGU